UCUCAGCACCUAGCGGCUGCUUGCGGACUCGAAGUUUAUGAUGCGCAGGUUCAGGUAUCGCAGCGCCUUUGUCGUCAGGGCGACGGAUCCGAUCAUGGUCAGACUCGGCACCCGCAUGUGUUGCAACCCGAUGUGCGCUACAUGGAAAGUUGGCGAGGCUGAACACCGUGCCCAUCUCGAUGGAGGUCUCCCUUUGCUUGCGUACGCUGCAACCUUCGAAGCCGAUAAUGACUUCGAAAUGCGGCCAACCAUCAUGGAAGUAAGUUGGUCGAAGAGUUGGGGCCUACUGGAUCUCCAAAGAACGAACACUCUUCCAGGACGUUGUCUUGAGGAAGCUGAAUUUCUGCGCCAAUAGUUUCGGUGUGAUGUCGUCCAAUCCUAUAGCAUAGUCUGUGGCUCCUCGUGACUGAGUGACGACCUUUGCCACCUUUCGUUCGUCUUUUCGUUGCUUUGGGAUAUGGUUCUCGCUCCGUGCUAGCUGAAGUUGUUCAAGUCGGGAGUUCUAUGGCUAGCUAGCUGGGGGACGGGAUCCAGUAUGGUCAAG